AAACUGUUGUACUCAAACUAGUGGAUUAUAUGUAUAUUUUAGACCUCUUGGAAGUGAGUUUAUGAAAUAUGUUGGAAAAUAUAUAAGAUUUUCUCAUACUAUCAUUCAAUAUGGUGAAAGGUUCUAUGAACUUUUGCCUAGAUCUAAUAAAGUUCAGUUAUUAGAGCAUCAUAUAUUACCAUUAAAAGAUUAUACUUGUAGUGUACACAUAAAACAAGAUCAAAUAGUAAAUGGAUUUAACUAUAAAGAGUUACGAGAAUUUUUUGAAGACAUGCCAUAUAAAUUAUUGGAAAGAACAUUGAAGGGAUAUAUUGAUUAUUAUUUUAGGCCUGAGUAUGAAACAAUGGGUAGUGCUAGUGCCCAAAUAGAAGAUAUGUGGGACAGUAUAGAGCAGAUAUAUCCUAAAGUUCAGUUUAAAGUUUCCAAUUUCGUUUCUAUAGAUAAAUCAGAAUCCGCAUUUUUAGAUUAUUUUACAGAUUUUAGUUUUGUAGAGGACACAAAAAAAAUAUAUAAUAAAUAUAGGGAUAAUAGAAAAACAGUUUGGUUUCCUUUAAUCAAUCUUGUCAAACAUAGACAUGUUUCCUUUGUUGGUAAAAAGAUCUAUAGAGAUAUAGAUCAUAAUCUUAAUAUACCAGAUAAAAAAACUGUUAUUUUAGAUCUUCAGGCUAUACAAGAUUAUUAUGUUGAACUAUUUGAAAUACCUAUUGAUUUAAAUAUAUAUACAAAGCAAACUAAAUUAGAUGAUGAAAAAGAAGACGAAAUAACAAAAGCAGUAUAUAAUCAACUAAGGCCUAUCUUAGAGAAUAGCACAUUAAUGAGUCUAGAAGAAGUACUUAAAAAAUGGCAUAUAGCAUAUAGUUGGGGUUUCCCAUACAGAUUUUUAGAUGGUAAUGAGAAUAUGUCGCGUCAGAAGGGUGACAUAGCUAUCCCUAGUGUUAGCCACGUAUUUUUAAAAGAUGAAGUCUUAAAAUUGUCAAAAGUAAAAAUAGAAGAAAAGAUUAGAAGUAUAAUUGCAAUGGAUCUUUUGACUUACUUUAAUGGCAUGUUGGUGAAUGGUUGUCAAAAUAAAAAUUUUGAUCCCAUGAAUGGGUGUACAAUUGGAAUGUUCAGUGCACAUGCCAUCCCUUCACUUAUCUUUGAACAACAUAGAUCAUAUAAGAUACAUUUACAAAUGGAUAUUACAUCUAUGGACUCGACCAUGAGUUAUAAUUAUAUGCGAAUAUUAAUGAAAGUUCGUAUAUUAGGUUAUGCAAAUUAUCCACAACGAGAAAGGGUAGAAUUAAUGAUGAAAACAUAUUAUGAUAAUUUAUACAAUAGUUACUUGUGGACAUCGUAUGAUGGCGAAGUAAGGAUGAAACAUAGAGGUCAUUCCACUGGACAGAGUACUGUUAGUCCUGAUAAUACAAUAUAUUGUUUAACUCUUUUUGUUGAAGCUUGGAAAGAAUUAACUGGAAUGCCAGCAGAAGACUUUUUCAAAUAUAAUAAAAUUACAGUGUAUGGAGAUGAUAAUGUACUAAGUAGCAAUUGUUUCAAUGAUAAGUGGAAUGAAAACACAUUAUGUGACUAUUUUGCCCAAAAGGGAAUUAGCUUAAGAUUGAAAAAUAAAUCAGAAGGUCUAGAAGGAGUAGAGUUCUUAAGUAAGAUAUAUUCAGAUAGUGAAAAACAGUUAGAAGAAGUCCUUAAGUAUGUACCUGACUAUGCUUGUAAAACUUAUUUGCUUGAGUGUAUUGUUGGUUUAGCCAAUAAUUGUGCCCAUUAUCCAGAUAUUCAUGAAAUUUGCGUUAAAUAUUAUAAUGAAUUAAUAGAAGCAUAUUAUAGCCAUAUGAAAGCAAUAAGAAAACGAUGUUCUAUAAAAUCGUAUGAGGAAGUAAUACGUCUACAAUAUGAAUAUAGAUAUAAUGAAUUGGUAACUCUAGAUAUGUCUCCAUUUGAACAAUUUAUUUGUGAUGCUUGUGCUUUUAUUCAUGAGGUUGACUUUAAAUGUGAAUUUGUGUUUCAGAAUUACAAAAACAUGUUAAAAGUAUUUGACUUGUCUUUACCUAAGGCAUCAGUAGAUACAUUAUAUUUCGAUCCAGAUAACCAUCCUAUUUCUGAAAAUUUUUUAAUAGAACGGUGGAUAUAUGUUAAUGCUAAUUGUCCAGAAAGUCUUGGCGAAUAUUUAAUAAUGGUUAAAGAAUCACUUUUCGCAUCAAUUUGUAGCCCUCAGAAAUUCUUCCAGAUUCGCCAUAAUUUUAAUUGGGAUAUGAGCAGUUUAAUAGAAUUAUCAAAUCACAUGCUAGGGAUUUUAAUAGCUUCCUUAGUGGUUAAUUAUUUAGAAAAUUUAUUAUUAAAAUUUCCAAUUAUUAGAACAUUUAUAAAAUUAAGUAAAUUACAUACAAAUUUUGGUUUUAUGGGUUUCGCUGAUCUUAAUUUCCUAUACUGGACUAUGUUUGAUAGAUCUAGUUUGGAAUUGAGUACUCUAGUCCCAAGAGACCCAGCUGCAAAUAAAAAAGCUAUCAUGUAUUUAAUUUAUGACAAAUUAUUUGAAAGGUUUGAUAUGCCCGAUUAUUCAAUUCUACCCUUUUUAAAGCUAGUAAUGACUAAGUUCAUACAAUUAAUUAAUUUAUGCUGGCCAAUAAUGGCAGAUUUUGAUUUGAAUGCCAUUUAUAAAAUAAAACCAUUCUUUGAUAAUAAAAGUUUCUCUGGAUCAUGGGCACCUUUAGAUCAUUCAGAUUCAGUAGAAAAAGUAUUAGAAGAGCUUAAAAAAGGAAAAAUUCCUGUA